AAACUGAGACCAGGACAGAGGGCCAGGGAGGAGGGAUAUGGCCAAAGUUACGAAGCUGAGGCUGGAAUCCAGGCUCCCGGUCCCCACCCCCACCCCACACCAGUGGCUGCCCUGCUGACCCCACAGUGACAGUGCUCCCAUUCUCUUCCUGAGCAGAGAAUGGGGAGGAGGCCGAGGCCGCCUGGCCCUUGUUUACUAACCCUCCCUCAAACGUUUCCUGGGUGGCUCCCCAGGGACGGCAGGGCUGGGGGCUUCUCUCCAGGGAGCUGCUGCUGAGGCCUGUGUCUCCGUGGCUCCUCUGACAGGUCCCGCCUGACUCCGCCCUGGAAAGUCCUUUUGAAGAAAUGGCCCUGGUGAGGGGCGGCUGGCUGUGGAGACAGAGCUCCAUCCUCCGCCGCUGGAAGCGGAACUGGUUUGCCCUGUGGCUGGAUGGGACCCUGGGAUACUACCACGAUGAGACAGCGCAGGACGAGGAGGACCGUGUGCUCAUCCACUUCAAUGUCCGUGACAUAAAGAUUGGCCAAGAGUGCCAUGAUGUGCAGCCCCCAGAGGGCCGGAGCCGAGACGGCCUGCUGACUGUGAACCUACGGGAAGGCGGCCGCCUGCACCUCUGUGCGGAGACCAGGGAUGAUGCCCUAGCAUGGAAGACAGCGCUGCUGGAGGCGAACUCCACCCCGGUGCGCGUCUACAGCCCGUACCAAGACUACUACGAGGUGGUGCCCCCCAAUGCACACGAGGCCACGUAUGUCCGCAGCUACUACGGACCGCCCUACGCAGGCCCUGGCGUGACGCACGUGAUAGUGCGGGAGGAUCCCUGCUACAGCGCCGGCGCCCCUCUGGCCAUGGGCAUGCUUGCGGGAGCCGCCACUGGGGCGGCGCUGGGCUCGCUCAUGUGGUCGCCCUGCUGGUUCUGAGCCCUGGGACUCGGAGCACUGACCCCUGCGCUUGGAUUGCUAGACUCCUCUUCCUCCUGGACCCCAUCCUCUACCAUCCAAGCUCUGUCCCACUUUGGCCCUAUCCUCUCCAUUAGCUCCUUCCGGGUUUGGACCAUUCCCCCCACUCCCUACCCUUAAUCCCCACAUGGGAAGAAGCUAUCAUCACAGGUACAAAUAUCGCUUGAAGUCUUCACAUCUACCACUAGACACCCCCAAAAUCUGUUAUAGACAUUUAUGGAUACAUUUCCUCUAAACACAACAGGGCACAGCAAAUACGACUUCAUUUGGCUUCGAGUUCCCCAGGCGCUGUAGACACAACAUGAAUCGGGCUCUCUGCUCUCUCCUCAGGGAGCUCGAGUCCUGGUGGGGAGAACAGGAGUAAACAAGGACUUGACAAAGCUGAAGAGUUAUCAGUCCUUUGACAAGGACAGGUGGGGCAGGGAGCAAGACAGGUAGGCUGGAAGAACAGUUAUUGGCAAGUAUGCAGAGCCGUGAACGUCAUGGCAUGUCCAAGGAAUUAAAUGGGAGUUCAUUUGGGCUGGGGUGGAGGCUGGGAUCAGACCGUGGUGGGCCUUCAAGCUAAGGAGCUUCCUAGGUGAAAGGGGAGAUGUGAGCCUUCUCUGGAGGGAAGUUUCAUGAUUGCAUCUAUAAUGAAUAUAUUGCCUGUUUUGUGAAUACUGACACAUGUCCAUACCUAAAACACCCCUGAGUUAAGUCCCAUCCUUCCCACAAACAGCUUCCUGGCUGGUACCCAUGAUAACAAUUGAGCUGAACCUGGGGACCCCUGGUUGGGGAACAGGUGAGUUCUAUUUGAGACUUCUAGCCCUAGAAAGCUGCCUCCGUCCGGAAAUGCCUCUCACACCAGGAGCUCGGCCCUCUCUUUGUAGCUGUGACUGUCACCCUCUCAGGCUUUGUCUCAUCCUUCAUUCUGAAUGAGAUGGCAGUGUUCUCCUCUGGGGCCUGAUCCACCUCUACACCAGCCCAGGAAGCCCCAUCUGUGCCUGCCCUCAGGUGGUCCACCAGUCUCCCCCUUUUGUCCCCUUCCAGUCUCUUCCCCCUUUCUAUCCCAAUCACCAAUAGAAAUGCUAACAUCCCUGCCUGGUAGCCAGACUAGCCCACUAAAGCUCCCCUGUAAAUGGGGGCUCCAUUAGUUCUGCUGCAGAGACUAAUAAAGAUUUGGUUGGCUCUA